AUGGAUGGCCUCCCCCAUUUGCCUGGAGAUAUUGUCAACUCCAUCUUCUUUAAGCUUCCUGUGAAAUCUCUUAUACGAUUCAAAAGUUGUUGCAAAUCAUGGUAUGGUUGUAUCGAUGACGCCGACUUCAUCAAGUCACAUCUACAUAAAUCGUCUAUCGAUAUUAGUCGUAAAAAAAUUGUCUUGGUUAAUUCAAUCUUUCUACAUAGAGGAGGAACACGCAAAUUUAAAAUUGUGUCAAUGGAAGCAUCAAUUAAUGCUGAUUCAAAAGUUGUGUAUCUGAAUAUCCCAGAAUUCUUUAGUGACUAUUUUUCUUUGGAAGUGUUUUCAUGCAGUGGCUUGAUCUUUAUGACGUCAUACGAUCCUGGCUAUUGUAUGACAUUAUUGAAUCCUUUGGUUGGAAAAUACAAACUCAUUCAAAAUUCUCUUUUCAGUCAAAACACAAAGACAAAUCGUUGUUGGACAUCUCCAAUAUUUGGUUUUGCCUAUGAUUUUGUGGCUGAAGAUUACAAGGUUAUAUGUGUACAUCACUUGAUAAACAAAUACUUCAACAACGUUGAAGUAUACUCGGUUAAAAAUCAAUGUUGGAGAGCAAUUCACAAUACUUUUCCUGUUUCCCCUGAUUCUUAUAACCAGCACCUAUACAGUAAUCAAGUUUCAUUAAACGGUGUCAUUCACAGGAUGUCAUACAACAGGGCAGUUAUAUCUUUCCAUCUAGUAGACGAAAAAUUUACUGUAACAGUAGUGCCAAAAACAUGUGGGAAACAGCCGACAUUACAUGUAUUGGGUGAUGGCGUCUGUGUUUUCACAACGGUUGGCGAGGAAAAUUUGAUUUGGUCGCUGGAGAAAGAUAGGUGGAAUUGUAUCAACAAGUUUCACUCACACGCAUUGGAAUGCCUAUAUUAUAUUUACCGAUUAGAGAGGGAGUUUCUUGAUGAACCUCAGAAACAGAGCAUUCUUGGUGAAACUAACAGAGGGAGUUUCUUGAUGAACCAUAAAAUCAGAGCAUUCUUUUCUGCAGCAGGCAGUCACAUUUGCGAGUUACUAACAGAAUGA